CCUGUGAAUGAUUUCCAAGUGUCUAUUCGCUCAGACAUACAAACUUUCGCUUAUUUUCGUUUCAUAAAGUGGAUAUCUGGUGUUAGCCGCAUUUCUCUUCUUACAUCUCCCUGAACGAAUUUUCCCUCGGAGCUUUCGGACCCGCGGCCCAGGAUAUUAUUUUUCGAGCUCACGCCACUCUGGUCUGCCCAUUUAUUGCACGCGCUUCACCUCUGCCAGCUACAAACUCUCCCGCUGCCCAGCUUGUCCCCAUCCAGUUGCACUCCUUCCCCGUCCCGUUGUUGUCGCCUUCAAGAAUUCGAUCUUGAUUUUUGGGCAGCCCCUUUAACGACGAUCAUGACUCGAAAGACUCUGCCCACACUUACGGCCGCUGAGGUUGAGUCGCACAGCAAUGCCAAAUCGUGCUAUGUGACUGUAGGCUCAAAGGUUUAUGACAUUACUUCGUUUGUUGAGGAUCAUCCAGGAGGUGGAGAUUUGAUUCUUGAAUACGCUGGGAAAGAUGUGAAGGAUAUUUUGCAGGACCAAGUAUCACAUGCGCACUCAGACUCUGCCUACGAGAUUUUAGAGGAGAACCUGGUGGGAUUCGUUGGCUCUAAUUCGAACACAAAGUCUACGGGAGCAAAUGGGUCGGUGGUAAAUGGAACGGCCGUGUAUGCCAGUACUGGAAUGUCCCGCGAGGAGGACUUGUCCGUCGAGACGGACUACACCACGGACUUCCAAAGGUACAAGUUUUUGGACCUCAACAAGCCUCUCUUAAUGCAGCUGUGGAACAGCGGAUUCAGCAAAGAGUUCUACUUAGAACAGAUCCAUCGCCCACGUCACUACAAAGGAGGAGAGUCUGCUCCUCUCUUUGGAAAUUUCCUCGAGCCCCUGAGCAAGACUGCUUGGUAUGUGGUGCCAAUCGUCUGGGUUCCUCCUGUUGUGUACGGUACAUAUCUUGGGUUUGCUGGAUUGGAGAACGCACCCGCCUCUGCGUCUUACUGGGCCUUUGGCUUCUUCCUCUGGAGCUUUAUCGAAUACAUCAUGCACAGGUUCUUGUUUCACAUUGACCGAUUUCUCCCUGACAACCGGGUUGGAAUUACUCUGCAUUUCCUUCUCCAUGGCAUUCACCACUAUUUGCCGAUGGAUAAGUACCGACUUGUCAUGCCACCCGCUCUAUUCAUUAUUCUGGCCACCCCAUUCUGGAGGCUGGCUCACACAGUCUUCUCUUACAAUUGGUAUGCAGCUUUGACUGUGUACUGUGGAGGCGUUUUUGGAUAUAUUUGUUACGACUUGACACACUAUUUCCUCCAUCACCGCAACCUGCCCCCAUACUACAAGGAGCUCAAGAAGUACCAUCUCCAGCAUCAUUUCGCCGACUUCGACAACGGCUUUGGUGUCACCAGCCGUUUUUGGGACUGGGUUUUUGGUACUGAGCUUGAGAUACCAGAGCCCCAAAAUCCGAAGAAGGCUCUGUAAUUACACCUCCUAGAACAUACAUUCUUCCCUUCUGCACUGCCUGCCACAAGAUUUCCGUGGCGCUUUUGAAUUCCUCAAUCCAUACCGUCUUCUAAUUUACGAAAUAAUGCUGUGGCUGGAUGCAUGAUCGCUGAUGCUAAUCGUUUGUACUCGGAGUGGGAAUCCUCCGCUUUUCUCAUGACUCUUCUCUAUAUAUACACGACAAAAUCGGUGUUAAAAUUGGGGGCCCUGUUUAUCUGGCUGCUGACCUCGCCUAAACUUCACUCUUACCUAGCAUUUCAACAGCUGUACAUGAUUACUUAAUACAUAAUAACAGGUUAU